AUGUACCCUUGGCAGCGUACCCGUGGGCGACCUCAACAACCGCCGGCGGUCACGCCUUCACCACCACCUCCUCUCGGCGAUCUCAUUGAGAGCAUCGCCAGAGAUGACCUGGAUGUCACUCAAUACGAGUCCGACCGUGCAGAGAUCUCAAAUGCAAAGCUCAUUGCGUCCUACAACUGGGUCAGCGCUUCAUCGCCAGAGAUCAUUGUCCCAGGAUACCCUCCCAGAUGGACGCCUCCCAGAGUCUCAAAAAGACUUCCAUGGGACACGGGUGAAUACUACCGUGACAUGAACGCUGCUUCAUACCCGAAGCACCCUUUGGAGCCAGCCAUCAUCUCGGUGAUGAAGAUGAAUCCCCAUCCCAUGCCUGUCAACAUUGUCGCUUGUGGCAGCACGAUCGGCAACCUCUUGCGUUUCGCUAGAGGCGCUGACCUGGAUCGUCCAUUCCGCAUUCUUAUCGAGCUCGUCGGUGAUACUGCGCAUCUCAUCCGGCGAGAGAACUCCCCCAAGGAGCUGAUUCCUGGGGUCAGGGGCUAUGGCCAUACUUUUCCAGAGGCAUACACCACUUGGGAUCUUGCCGUCAGGCGAUCCACAUCCCACCAGAGAAUCAUGGCGUAUCGUUUUGGUGGUCUUGACAUGAUGGUCCGGUUCGAAGGUGAUGGCUUCAUCAAGGAAUCUAAGCCACAGCGACGACAGAGCCGUCCCUUUACAGUGGCAGACGCCCUCGCCGAGGUCAACGGCCUAACCCUCACCAAGCCUCUACCAACUUUGACUUGCGAUAUCAAGGUCUCUGACGGAGGCGAAACUGUCCCUCAAGAUACCAUCUUUGACCUCAAGACCCGAUCAGUCGUGGCUAGGUCCAGGGACACUCUGGGUGAUCAGCUCCCGCGAUUGUGGAUUUCUCAGGUCACGCAGUUUAUCCUCGCCUACCACGAGAAGGGUCUCUUUCAAAACGAAAACAUUGAGAUCAAGAAUGUCAGAGAUGACAUUGAUAAGUGGGAAGAGCUCAACCAGCCAUUGCUCAAGCGACUUGUGGCUCUACUCCACCUCAUCAUCAAUCGCGCGCGUGCAUCCGGCGGCAAGAUUGAGCUCGUGUGGCCAACUGACGGUCCUCUUGAGAUUCGCAAGCAGCUACCGGACGCAGGCGACGUUCUAUCUGCCUCUGUCAGAGAGGAAUGGGAAGCCUGGCUGGGCAAGGAGGGAGACAAGUCUUCUAAAGCGGAGAAGAGGGACUCGAAGCUCGACCUGGAGGAACCGAUGAGCAUGGAGGAACUUCUAGCUAGACUUUCUGGAAGGGACGGAUACGAGAGCGAUGAUGGUGGCUGGGAUUAUACAGCCUGCGAUAAGGAGUGCGGGUAUUGCGGAAAAUGCACAUAUUGA